GCUCGGGCCGAAUCUUUUAUACAACAAGACUCACCUCCGUCAGUCGUAAACUGGCAACGUCAGAAGUCGGUAGUAACAUUAUCGAAAUAAACAACAGAAUGGAUCACAAAUGGGUCUGUUGUGCUAGUGGUGCCAUCCCCUCAUUGGCUGUGGUGGCGGGACAUGAUUCUGAUGGCGACACCAUCUACGUAGGACGUGCAGACUACGAAAGUGAUCGUUUGCCAGCCAAGGUCAUACCAUCCAAAGGCAAGGCCUAUGUCUGUUAUGGAGGCAAAGAAAUCGAAGUAGACACUUAUGAGGUACUCAGUGGCUUACGCUACCAGUGGGUGGGCGCCACCAAUGGCGAUGUUCCCGAGGCUGCAGUUAAAGUUGGCCGUUCCGCUGAUGGGGAUUUCCUGUAUGCUGGUCGUGGUCAAUGGGAAGGCAGCCUGACAGUGGGUAAAGUACAUCCUUCGCAUGGAUGUCUCUAUAUUCCCUAUGGCGAGGAGGAGGUCAAACUUUUCGAAUAUGAGGUGUUGACACAACCCGACCAAUGGAUUGCUGCAUCCGCAGAUUCAAUGCCCGAAGAUGCUUUAAAAGGUGGCCAUGACGCCGACGGAGAUGUCAUCUAUGUUGGUAGAGUUUUUAAGGAUGGCGAUCUAAUGCCCGCCAAGGUAAUACCCGCUAAAGGUGGCGCCUAUGUCUGUUGGGGCAGCGAAGAACACAAAGUCGAAAAUUUCCAAGUAUUGACCGGUGCCGGAUUCAUGUGGACUCCUUGCGAUAAUGGCAAUAUUGUACCAGGUGCCGUUCCAGCUGGCUCCACCACUGACGGCGAAACACUGUAUAUUGGUCGUACCGAAUUUAGUGGUAGCCUGUGUGUUGGCAAAGUGCACCCCUCCCACGGCUGUCUCUACAUUCCCUUUGGAGGCGGCGAAGAGAAAGUCGAUUCAUACGAAGUCCUCGUUAGAAUUUAAUCCCAUUCAAUGGGCACACGCGCAAAAAACUUUAGUACACUCAAAAAAAAAGUGAACCCAUGGUUGGGUUAAAAUAAACUACUUUCGAAUAAAGUUGCACUUCAUAUAGCGCUAAAGACAUUUUUAUAUGUUUUUAGUCAAUGUAUAUGUAAAAAUUAUUACUUCAUAUAAACUUCGUGAUGGUUCAACUUUAACUAAAUGGAAAUAGACUAUUAUUUAUUCGGUACAUAUGAUGAACCAUUGUGUACUAACAAUUUUUAACUGAACUCAAAAUAAUUGUUGGAAUAAAAUGUUGGAAAAUUUCUUGGGUGUUAAUACAUCUGUACAAAUUUAUUGCAAAAUCUC